UUGUUUGACACUUGUACUGAAUUGUGAAUUUGAUUAUUUUCAUUUUACGAGUUUUGGAUUCAGGAUUUGUUUUAUCAACUUGUGAUUUGGUGUUUGAUUAUUUUGGUCAAAAGUGUUGUUUUUAUUUCAGCUGUGCAAUGGCAGAAUCAUUUUCCCCUGAAGAAGCUGAUAACUUGUUAAAAACUUUUCUAGCCAUGGGUGUUAAACCUAAAGCUUCCAGUAAAGAAGACCUUGAGAAAUGGAUGAAAGAUUAUUUUACAACAAAGGAAGAACUUCAUCCCUCACAAGAACAUCUACCAGCAUUAAGUCGAGAUAAACCACGCGAAGACAUUAAGAUGCUGCCAGCUUUACCCAAGGUGUCAUUUUUCUCUGGGGAUCCAGCAUCCAAGUCUGAAGUUUCUUUUGACGUUUGGAAGUUUGAAGUUGAGGAGUUGGUUCAGUCAAGUUACAACAAGGAACAGAUUCGACAAGCCAUCUUUAAGUCAUUACGUGGUGAAGCAGGUAAGAUAGUGAUGAGAUUAGGACACAGGGUGGAGUUAGAUCGUCUGUUAAAGAAGCUGAACAGUGUUUUUGGACGUGUUGAGGAGACACAAGAUCUGUUAGCCGAGUUUUACUCUACGGUGCAGACUCCGAAGGAAUCAGUUGCAGAAUGGGGUUGCAGACUUGAAGAUAUUCUCCAGAAAGCUGUUGAUCGUGGUGAUGUUUCACAGGAUGCUAUCAACGACAUGUUACGUACAAGAUUUUGGAGUGGACUUACAGCCAGUAUUAAACAGCAAACUGCGCAUAAAUACGAUCGUAUUAAAGAUUAUGAGGAAUUGAUGGUGGAAGUGAGAAAGAUUGAAUCUGAAGUUUAUUUGUCAUCAUCGGAGAAAAAAAGACCAUCUGCAUCUCAUCAUAUUAAAGCUGUAACAGAAGACAAUGAAAUGAAGAACUUAAUAGCAUCUUUAACACAGACUGUACAGGCACUUCAGAAAGAUGUAAAAGAUCUGAAGAAUAAUAGACCGGAUCAGAGUAACAGUAGACAGGAACACGAGGAACCUACAUGUUUUAGGUGCGGUCAAAAGGGACUCAUCCGUACAGGUUGUCGUGUUAGACUUAACAAGGAUUUAAACUGCAAGAAGUUUUUGUCGAAGGGCAGACAAUAGGCUUGGGAACUAAGAGCCCUGUUAGUUUAUUAGGGAAGAG